AUGACAUAUACGGUGGGAGAUAGGCGGAUUUCGCUUGAACAUGAUCCACUGGAAGAAACUAUACAACUUGUACUUUCACAUCCAAAACUAUUUAAAUAUUGUUUAAAUGGCGCGUGUUACCGAUAUUUAAUUGACUUAAAGAAGAUUGUACAUCUCUAUGGGGAUAUAUUGACCAUUUAUAGUACAUUAUUGAGCAAAAUUCCAAAAUAUGAUGAUGUCACUUCCAUGACAAUCCUGACUCAAACCCGAUUAUUACGACUCGAAGACUCGAUGAAUUCUCUUCUUGGUGAAAUGGUUGAUGGGAAUCCCAAGAAUGGUGGUUGGGAUGAUCGUUCAUAUGAGAGAGAAACGAAACAAGUAUGUUACCUUACGGUGAGGUCAGCAUGUGACGUGUUUCUGCUUGUGGUUAAAUGUUUGAAUUGUAUUGAAGUGUUUUUUUUAUCAUAUGAUAAUUUGAAGAAACUCUUAAUUCCAUAUUCAUUGAUUCAAGCAGAAGAAAUCCAUACUCUGUUACUUAACAUUCAAAAUCUCUUUGCAGUGGUAACCAUAGUUGAUAAUAUAAGAGUCAUUGGUAGCUGGGAACCUGCACUUUUACAACAACUCCGUAAAGUUGAAAGAAUUACCACCGGCAUUGAACGUGAACUGAUUGUAUUGGGUGCAGCAUUCCGGACGUUUGACCUUCUGCUUCAACAAUAUACAUUGUUUUUAUUGGGUAGAGCCAUGUUAAAGCGAGAAAUAGACCUGCUGCAAUGCCAAAUAAUACGACGGAGAGAAAUCUGUUUCCAGGCAGCAGAACAUGUGGUGAAUAUUCCAUUAAAUCAUGAACCAAUGGGAUAUCUCUUUGUGGCUGAAUUAAACACAUAUGUCAUUAUAUUUAUAUCCAUACUUGUCUUUUUGAUGUUAUUUGCAACUUUCCGAUUGAUUAUGUUAUUGAAACUGGAAUAGAAAUAAUUAUCAUUAUUCCCUCAAAACUAUUCAUCAGAGAAUUAUUUGUCAAUUGAUAAAAAGAAUAGAAUAUGGUUCAAUAAUAACAAUAAUUCUCCAAUUAUACUGUACAUUAUAUCCCCUGGAGUCAUCUACAUUGUCAGGUAAUUGAUACACUACACAUGUUGGGUUCAUAUAAAAGAUUCCUGACCAC